AUGAGCAUUAGUCGUCAAUAGAAGCUUCUCAGAUUAGGUCACAAUCGAAAAAAUUCGUUUUGUUGCUACUUCUUUUUUUAAAAACAUUUAUAAUUGAAAAGAAAUGGGUGGUGAAAUAAGAGUAUUUGAUGGUUUUUCUAAUUAUUAUAAUAUAUAUUGAUAUUAAUAUAUAUAUAAUUUUUUUAAUUUUUUUAUAUUUUUUUGAAUGUGUACAGUUACGGUCAGAUGAAAAUACGUCACAAACUUGACGUCACAUACAUGUUAAUAGACGCGCAUUGUUGUCUUUUUUUUUCUUAGGCACUGGUGGUGCGCACUUCAGGCGAGGACACGCCGGGGACGUGGCGGGGACGCACCAGGUGUCUCCUCUCAUUUCUUUUUGUUCUAAUAAGUGUUCAGCAAAUUUUCCUUUUUAUACGUUUUUACAGUCUGAACAGUCUUUGAUGAACCCAUAUGAGCCGCAUGGCUCAUUUCAAUCAGUCGGCACACACCCACGGUAUGAUUUUCAUUAUGCUGCAGUUUCUUCUUCAUCUUUUUAGCUGCGUGAAAUCGACGGCCAACCAUGGGUCCGUUCACCUACCAAGCCAUCAAUCUUCAUCGAUGAAAGGUAAUUUGAAAAAGUUCUGUUUGUUGAUAUGUUUUCAGAACCGGGAAAAAAAGCGCCAGAUUGGUACUAUCCCGGGUCUUCAUCGGAGAGUUCAAUGCUCGAUCCUAUCGAAACACGGAUACUCGGUGUAUCUACUUCAUCUCGAAGUUUGGCUUCUGAGAUGAAAGAUGAAUCUAUAGCUGAACAUGGGGUUCCUUUUGGAAAUUUUUUUUUCAUUGUGUGUUCCAUUCACAGUUAGUCUAUUGGCAAGAAAAAUAUCUUCAUAUUUAAAAUUAAAAUUGAUUUUAUUGCUUCACUGAACAUAUUUAGGACUGCGAGCUAUAUAGUGUCAACUACUCUGUUUUCUAAGCAUUUUUCACGAUCAAUAUGGAACCGAACUUCUUUGACUUAUUCCUCAAUGUUACAGAUUAGUUGUUCUUGUGGAUGUAUUUCGGUGAAAUGUUUGGGCAACAGCGCUCACGAAAUUAAUUUUUCAUGCGAUAAAACGGCUUCAAAUCCUCAAGGAGAGCUCAUUGUACGGCUUCGUAGGGAUGGCGUAAUAAAAGUUCUUGAAGGAGGUUAUCCAAAGUUAAUAGAGAGUAAAAGAAUUUUUUUUACGAUUCAGAUAACGAAAAGGUCAUUUAUGAUUUCUCGCAGCCAACUCCAAUGAGCUUAUAUCCACCGUCUCAACCGCUAUAUUUUCCCGUUGCGCCUUUCCCUUCGUGUCAAUCCAUAAACAUGGUUUCGUCUCUUUUUCGGACCUGAAAUGUUGUCUGUGAUUGGUUUUGCUUAUGACAUCCCGUCUUUACUGUAGAAAACUUUCUGGUGGUGAAAAAAAAGCCAGCGAGUUUUCGAACAGCAGCUUUUCCGAUUUUUCAUAUCGCUAGGAAACUUUCCGACGGCGACGUUUCCGACUCUUUCCUUUUCAACUUUUUUUCCCUUAUAUUUGUUUCAUAAAAGAUCUAUCGACAUUGUGUUUUUAAGCAUGAUCAACUACUUAUUUUAUAAAAAGAAAAUUCAGAGCGAAGAGAUUAUCGAGAAAAAAAGGCCGGAAGCUUUGCAGUAGGAAAUUUCCUUAGCGAUAAGAAAAAAAUCAAAAAAAGUUACUGUUCGAAAGUUCGUUGGCUUUCACAUUUUCAUUUUUGCAUAUUGCAGGUUUUUUUAAUCUUUUUGAGUAUUUAACAAAUAGUUAUUUUUUUGAUGUCUAAAAAAAUGCUUGAAAAUGAAUAAAUUACGAUUAAACUUACAAUAUUUUUUUAUGUCAGUUGUAGGUCAAAACGUCGUGCGGUCACUACGCGCAGGAUGUUCCCUUCUUGCCGAGAGCAGCAUACCCAGAAAUAGAGGUUUUUUUUCUCUCAAAAACUAUUUUUCGUUUGUCCUCUUCAGCAACAUAACUCCUGGUGAUAACACCUGUUUUCAGGCUCCGAAUUACGGUACACACAGACAAAAUUGUUCUUUUCAAACCCAAUUUCCGAUGGAAUAUCCAUCGUGGAAUAGUAACGUCACACAAGUAAAUUGGUCAUUCAUUUUUGUUCCCAAAUCAAAAUUAUAGGCGGAACAGACAUUUUCAGGCUUCAGAAACAUGACGACAGGCUUUGAGGAGGUUCAAACUUUUAGAAACAUUUCCGAAAAAAAUUGAGUAAAGAAGGUUAAAAAAUCGCGGAGUCCAUGCAGUUCAGAAAGCUGCCAGUAAAAACUUACACAACUUUUUUUUUUUACUCAUUUUAAGUUCUUCAGUCUUUGGAGUUAUUUUUGAGAAAGCGUUCAGAAACACUAACACAUAGUAGAAGCAAAAUGUCAACUAACCCUCGAAGCAUAGAAAGGGACAAAGAAAUUUGUAUGAAAAAAAGGUCUCUGUGUUUCAAGAAUGAGCCUUGCUAUUUUUUUCAAUCUAUUGAGUUUUUAGCGGCUAUAUACAAGUGAAGAUACGUUGCCAGAGUUGCCGAAGAUAAAUCCUAGUAAAGGUUUUCAAACGGUGAAUUCGACAACUGGAGGCCAUCCGCCGGAAGACGGAGGCGGUCCCAUUUUGCAGGUAGGAAUUUCUAAUCGGAAAUAGUCUGCUUGAUGUUGAUUCGAAAGCCAAACCUACUUGGGAAUUUUUGAAUUAGACUUUUCCAGACAUUGACGUCAUCAUCGGCGAUGAGGUACCUGGUUAAUCGUCCAAUAAAGGUUUUUUUCAAACUCUCUGUGAAUAAGUUCAUGCAAUUUUAGAAAGCAGAUGAUGAUCAGUGUAAAGACUUACCGAAUCCACUGGAUGUUUCUAAGUUUUCAAGCUGCAAAUAAUAAUUAUUCUAAAAUUUGUUUCAAAAGAGAGGACAACGAUGUCGUUGAAAUUUUUUCGACGACACCCUUGAUGCGAAUCAAAAAAGAUUUAGGAGUUAAAGUAGGUAUUCUCUAAAAUAAGUGUAAUUUCUCUGUUUUUUAAGGGAGGCGGCGAAGACUUUGAAAAUGACUCGGAUUUCGAGAUUUCGUGAGUUUGAGAUAAAGUUUCUGUUCAAUUUUCAAGAGACAGAUCUGUGGUGUCUGAUUGUGGCGAGAUCUUCAUGGACAUGGAAAAUGCCGCGGACAUCGGAGACCGUCGCGAAUGGAAGGAAGGGCUCAACAUCGACGUGCGAUUGAAGCCUGGCGGUGGACAUGAGGUUUUUUCUCUCCGGGGUAUCGAUCCUCGAAAUUUCUCUUUUCAAGGUCGAAUUGUAUACUUUAAACGACGGUCUCAAGGUGUUCGACGUCGGGAUUUGCGGGAAUAUCAGUGAGAUCAAGACUUCUCAGUACUUGAAGUACCGUGAGAGAAGAGAUGGAACUUUUGAGGUUUGUCGAUUUUUUUGACCUGGUGUCUGUCCAAAUAUCUUCGCUCCUCAAUUUUGUAGAAGUUUUGCACUACUUAAAAAGAAAACAGAGAGAAGUCUUUCGAAACGAUAGUUUUUUGGGAUUUUCUCCUUCAAAAAUUCCAGAAAUGAUUUUCCCGCAGACCAUAUAGAGAUGAACUAAUUUUUCGUCGAGAAAAAUUGUUUUUUCCGUAUAAGCAAAAUUCCUGAAUUCAUCACUUUUGAAAGGGAAGUGAGACAAUUUUGUAAGAGGGGUAGCUCAAGUAAGAAUAAAAGUAAAGUCUUGGUCGAAAAAAUUGGAGUUUUUUUUUUCUUUGGCGCAUCACACGCCCGAAAUGAAACAUUGGUACUCUCUGAAUUUUCAAUGUUUUUCUCAUUCAUCUGCUCUUAAAAUAUCAAACGAUCCGGAGAUGUUUUCAAGAUGAGGACGACGAAAAGUAUGCUGCAGCGCGUAGGCGUCAUCUCCAUCAAGUUGCGUCACAAAAAGUGCCUCGAGAUAAAGACUUACGCUCUGUGUUGUUACUCGACAGCAGAACUGCUCAACAACCGGAAAAACAGCUUUUACCUUUGGUAAGACGAAAGAAGCUUUUUACUCCCUGAUAAAGUCAUCCUUUUGAUCUUAAUUGAAUACUUCCAUCAAUGAACAUUGGUUUUGGUGGAGAUGAUGAUAAAAAAUUCAGACUUUUAGGUCAUUUCGAACAAGGUACAAUCUAUAACCGAAAAAAUUUUCGAUGUAUUGCUUUCUACGAAAAUUUUUAUCUUAGAUGAUUUUCGGAUCAAAAAUGCUUCGAAAUUAUUUUAGGGUCGACUUCAUCGGAUUCUACGAGUUGAGCGGCUUGGAUGUUCUAAGUUGGUCGCAAAAAAAGCAAAUCAAACCGGAGAUACUUUUUGGUCCGCUCCGUUUGUUGAACGUUAUGCUAAAGGCUGAUAUGUCUCGGUUUUUACUUUCUUGGAAAUUUAUAAAAAUUUCUGGGGAUUUUUAGACGCGAUUCUCCUUUCCCGCGCUUCACUUUGCUCUCAGUCGAAUCUAUACGAGAAGAUAACGAGGGGAUGGUCAGAACAGGAUUUUUUUUCCUUUUUUCAAGUUUAUUUUUCUAAGGAACAAGUCGGCUCAGUGUUUUGGCCGUCACAAUGUCAUCGUUUCGACGAUUUGGAAUACGUUGACAAAACGGUGCGUUUCGAGGAGUUUGUUAUGCCGUGUUCGAAGUAAUUUCCGCGGAAUGCAAAAGAUCUCUGUCUCUCCAAAAUUAAUUUAUCUUCUUUCAAUUUUCGAUGGCUAUUUUAGAUUUCGCGAAAUCACUUUGAACACAGCAUUAGAUUUCAAGACUUGUCUUCUCGUAAGGUCAUUGAACGUAACUUUAGGCCAAAGAGUACAUCUUGAGAUCGAAAAGCCGCCCUUCGGUUGUCGUUUGGUGUUAUUUCCAGAACGCAUGGAUUGAUAUCGUCGAGAAUUUUUCCAAGGAUGUUCUCUUUUCGGUGACUUUUUCGUUUAUUGUAUUGAAACUAUGUGGUAAUCUUUCAGGCAAUUGUGGCUCCGCGUCGAGUUAAAGGAAAAUUAGAAGGAUACAGAGCUCUAAUCGCAGGCCCCCUCAAGGUUUUAGAAUAAUCUCUUUCUCAAACAUUUCCGGACAGUUCAGAAACUCCUAUAGCAGAAAUAUUGUGCAGAGAAAUCCUGAAUUUUAAUUUUAAAAAAAGCCUCCUUUUUUGGUUAUGAAAAUUUCUUGAGAGAGGCUUCUGUAGCCUUUUUGCAGUUUUACUAAUCUUUGAGAGCUCAUUUCGGAGAAACUGGUUAGUUUUGUAGGUUAGAGAGCGGCGGAAGCUUUCGUUGCUCAGUUCUUGUGUGGCAGAAAUAUUUGAAGGAGCCUCAUUGCAGCUUGUCUUGUUGAAAACGCAACAUCGCUUACGGAACUACGUUCCAAAAACGUUUCCCAGUGAUCGUCGGUGCAAGGAAGCUCAAGAGAAACUCAAAGAAACCCUGGCAAACUCGACGAGAUCUCGAUCCGACGUUUCUGAACCGCGCAGAAGAACCCAAAGCUUCAACAAUUAGCAAUCUUUACUCGUUUUUCUGUUGUACUAGUUCAUUAUUUGUGUGCUUUUCUCUUCGUUUUUUGUAGCUCGCAAAUUUCUUAGAACCUAUCCGUCUGUAUGAUAAAUUUUUCUCUAAUUUAAUUUUUGUUGAAUUUUUUUUUCCAGUUCGAAACUGUUAGAAACAGUUCAUACUUUGCGAGUAAUUGCGAAAACCGAUGGUACGACAAAAUCUCAAGUCCGCAAAUCUCGAGGACCGUAAUCUUGUGUACGCAGAUCUAAAGUCCCAUAAUCUUGAAACCAAAAUCUUGGAGACCGAAAUCUUGGAAACCACAAUCUUGGAAAGCAAAAAAACUUCCUUUUUAGUCUUCUUUUAUUGCACUUUAUCUACUUAUAUUCUCUCGUUUGGAUCACCGAAUACAAUUUCUGAUAAAAUCUAUUCGCAAAAGCGUUGAUUUUUACUUUCCAAGAUUGUGGUUUCCAAGAUUUUGGUCUCCAAGAUUUUGGUUUCCAAGAUUAUGGGACUUUAGAUCUGCGUACACAAGAUUACGGUCCUCGAGAUUUGCGGACUUGAGAUUUUGUCGUACCAUCCGAAAACCGAUGCCGCAUUUGAAAAGUCAGUGUGCGGGUUUGCAAAGUGGUGUGUGCUGUUUGCAUUUUGAGAAAUUUUGAUAAAGAAAAAUAGUUCUGAAAUUUUCCGUUUAUUCGAGUUUCAAAAAUAUUUUUUUCCUAAUUGAUUACCGCCAUUUCAGAAUUUAUCCAUCAAUUGUGAGAACUUUUUUGCAAGAAUUUCAUUUUUUUUUUAUUUUAUUUUUGAAGCUUUUUCUUAAAAAUGUAGUCCAAUCGGAAAAAAAAAAUGAUUAGAAAAUGACAGUUUUUUUAUUUCCCUGUUGCCUAUCCAAAUUAAUAAAUCGUAUCUACAAAUUUAAAAAAUUUCGCCGCGGUAUCCCUGAUUGCAGCAGAAAGAGCAGCACGCGUUUUGAUUUUAAGACGUUAUCCUUUCUUUUUUUACAACACAAUACUAAUUUCUCUGAUUUCUACUUUCCCACUUUGCGUUUAGGCCCUUACAUUAAGUUUUUUUAAUUCCUAGUUUCAAAUUAUUAAUGUUUAUAUUUCUCGACUUAUGUUGUUUCUCUAGUAAGAAAUAUUUUUGCAGAGACUUAUCUAGAAGAAUCUUAGCUUACGUGUGAUCAUAUCAAGCUAGCUUAAGCAACAUAAAGUAAAAAAAUAAGUUUUUUUAGUGUUCUCAAUUUUUUUCUCCGUAUAAUUUCCAUAUUCCAUUUCAGCGUUUCAAUGAGUGAUACGUUGUUCGGUUUCAAUCGCUCAAACGUGGUUCUCGCAGCCGGGAUCGCAGGCGCGGCUUUCGUCGGUUAUUGCAUUUACUUUGACCAUAAAAGGACCACUGCUCCCGAUUACAAAGACAAAAUUCGCCAGAGUACGUUUUCUUUUGUUUUGCUUGAAAUAUUAUGGUUUCAUUCCGCGCAAAAAGGCUUAGAAGAGGUAAUUUUUGAUGUAAUUUUUUUAUAGUGUGUUUUUCUCUUCUCAAAAUCUUUGUAACAAAAAAAUGAGUUAUUUUUUUCUGUUUUCAGAGCGACGAGCCGACGCAGCAGCUCGUGGAGGAAUCGGAUUGAGGUCGACGGCGUCGGCCGGAAGAAGCGGCGAAAUGAACUUGUCGGACCCGGCGAUGAUGCAGGCCUUCUUCUUACAAGAAGUUCAGCUCGGUGAAGAGCUCAUGGGUGCAGGUUCGACUUUUUUUUUACAUCGUCGUGAUUUCAAAAAAACAGUAAUUCUCACGACGCUAUCUUCGUGUUUCGUUAUGGCUUCCCGAAAGUUGCACGCGAAAAACUGGGCAUCUUCUGACAAAAAUACACUUUUUUUUUUCUCGACUGAUAUUAAAAAUGCCCGACUUUAAGCUUUUAUCCCCUUUUUACGAAAAUAAGUUUUUUUUUUCAAUCAUAUUUUUCUCAACGAUUACCGUGAAGCAUUUAGAGAAACUAGCAUCAGUUAAGUUUCUUGACCGGUUUUGAGUUGAUUGCUGCGGUAGCCCGUAGUUUUUAUUCGCACAUUUCUACAUUUUUAAAGCCUAUACCCGACGGGAAGAACCUUUUGUUUUAGGAAACAUCGAGGAAGGCUCGACGCACAUCGCCAACGCGGUCGUUCUGUGCGGAGAGUCGCAGCAACUGCUCUCCAUCUUCCAGCAGACGCUCUCCGAGGAACAGUUCCGCGCCGUCCUCGUCAAACUGCCCAGUACUCGCGAGGUACUGCUUUCUUCAUGUUUCUGAUCAAUUUAACAGAUCAUUCUCUUUUCUUCAUACUGAUUGUCUGACUUAAGAGAACAAAUUUUGGUUUCCACUUCGAAAAAGUUUUCCUUCAUUUUUGCUAUUGCCCUCUACUUGGAUAUUAGUCAAAAACUUUUUUUUACCAUUUCUCAAUAUUUCAGCGACUGGCUUCAAUGUUCGGAAAAGCGGCUGAUUCAGCAGAAGAUGAGCCGCCCACUGUGCAGUAUAUCGGCGAUGGCCCCGCUCCUUCUCAGGUUAUUCUUUCAAAUUGAAAACUUGUAAACAUCCUGUAUUUGAAUCGAAUUCUGCGCUACUUUUGUUUAGGCUCGUUUGAAAAAAAAAAUGCGUUUAGAUAACUUUUUCUCUAAAUAAAGUAUAGUGUAGAACAAGAUGUUUAAGAUUUUUUUUUUGACUAUGAGCUGUUAUUUCUUGACGACCUAUCUGAUACUUUUUAUUGAGCCAAAAACAACAAAAAAAAUUUGAUUUGAUUGUUAAAUUUUUGUUUUACAGAUCCAAGAACUGAUUGACGACACGGACGAUCUCGAAUAA